CCUCUUUUUUUUUUUCGUCACACAGUUCUUAUGCCGCCUGCAGCAGAGAAGAAGGACGACGCAGCGAACGCGAUUGCAACCCCAGCGGGCUCGGGCUCUGGCUCUGGCUCCGACGGCACCAACAACGCCUCGUCGUCAUCAUCGUCAUCAUCAGCACCAACAUCAGCACCAGCUGCGACCCCCGAGCAGGCUGCCGUCGCUGACAUUCGCUACCAGAUUGCCCUUCUCGACCGCGGCGUUACUGCCAAGGAAACGCGCUACGCAACGCGGGUGCUGCGCGCAAUCUCGCGACUGAGGCACACUCUGAACAAGAAGAUUUUGGUGACGGCGCUCAACCACUUCCUUCCGACUGCAUCGGAGACCAAGGCGCUGCUGCUGGAGGCGCUUGCGUUGGUGCCCGGCGAUGCAGAGCCCAUGGAUCUCGACUCUGGCGCGGUGACGGUGGCUGCCGAAGAGAGCGCUGCUGCUGCUGUUGCUGCUACUGCUGCUUCGUCGACCGCGACGCCAAUGGACACCACUGCCGCCGCUCCGGCAAGCACCAGCACCACCACUACGUCGGCCACGACCACGACCACAGCGCCUGCGACCAAGGCAAAGAAGCCCGCUGGUCCGCCGGCGUCCGUCAAUCCGGAGGUCGACGCAUACUUGCAGCUGCUCGUCGUCAUCUUUUUGCUCGACUCGAAGGUCUACGGCCCUGCCCGCGAGCUCGCUGCCGCCUUGCUCGCCAAGCUGCAGCAGCACAGCCGUCGCUCGCUCGACCAGAUCGAGGCCAAGGCGUACUUUUACUUUAUGCGCGCACAUGAUCUCUCGGGCAACGAGACGGACGUCCGCCCUAUGCUGCACGCCGCAUUGCGCACGGCUACACUCCACCGCGACGACGAGGGUCAGGCAACGCUCAUCAACUUGCUUGUGCGCAACUACCUUGAGCACGGCUUGUACGAGCAGGCCGACAAGCUGAUUGUCAAGUCGACCUUCCCCGACCAUGCCUCCAACAACGAGUGGGCGCGUUACUUUUAUUACCUUGGCCGAAUCCGCGCAACGCAGCUCGAGUACAGCGAGGCUUUCCAGCACCUCCAGCAGGCUCUGCGCAAGGCACCUCAGACGUCCGCCCCCGGCUUUUUGCAAACAGUCAACAAGCUGGCCGUCAUUGUGCAGCUCUUGCUCGGCGAGAUUCCAGAGCGCGCGCUCUUCCGCCAACCCAUUCUGCGACGCUCUCUGGAGCCAUACCUGCUGCUCUCCAAGGCCGUGCGAGAUGGCAACCUCACCGAAUUCGGCUCCGUCGUCGACACGCAUGCCGACAAGUUUAAGGCUGACGGCAAUUACAUGUUGAUUCUUCGUCUUCGCCACAGCGUCAUUAAGACUGGUGUUCGCAUGAUCAACCUGUCCUACUCGCGCAUUUCCACGGCCGAUAUCGCAGAAAAAUUGCAAUUGCCGAGCGCUCUGGACGCCGAGUUCAUUGUGGCCAAGGCGAUUCGCGACGGUGUGAUUGAAGCGAGCAUUGACCGCACGAACGGCGUCAUGCAGUCGAGCGAACUCCUGGACGUCUAUAACACAAGUGAGCCACUCGAGGCAUUCAACCAACGCAUCGGAUUCUGCCUGAACAUUCACAACGAAUGCGUCAAGGCGCUCCGUUUCCCGCCAAAUGCCCACCGAAAGGCGCUCGAGACGGCCGAGGAGCGACGUGACCGAGAACAGCAAGAGAAGGAAUUUGCUGAAGAGAUGGCUGCCGAGGAAGACUAAAAUGAUACGGCUCGAGUUCUCUCUGCUGUGGGAUCUCUGUAGAUGCUUGGUGUUGAUUUUGUUUCGUUGUGUUGCCCUUUGAGAAGGCGAUUUUGUGAAAGACCAACAAUGAACUACAAUCGUGCUCUCUU